AUGGUUGUUUACGAAAGGUCAUCGGGAUUUGCUAACCCUUGGAACUCAUUUGGCUUAACUGCCACAAAAUUGUUCAAUAGAAGGGAAAUGGCCAUGUUUCUAGAAUUCCACUAUGAUAGUCUUGCAACUCAACCAUACUUCUCUCGGUACCGAAAUACUUUAGUUCCGGGAAGCUGCCAGCCAAGGCAUACUUACCACCAACGAACCCUAUUGGUAUUGUUUACGAAAGGUCAUCGGGAUUUGCUAACCCUUGACACGAUGUGCAAGAAAUUAACUAAUUCACCUCUACUUGAAUCAAUACGAAGAUUAAUCAGUAUGUGUCUACGAUCAUACCACGUUGAAAGCACGACAUCUCGUCCGACCUGUCAAGUAAAGCAACGUUGGGCCUGGUUAGUACUUGGAUCGGAGACGGCCUGGGAAUCCCAGAGACAUGAAUUCAGUGUGGCCACAGUAUUUUAUCGCAAGAUCAUCAAUGAAACAUCAAAUUAG